CCCCAAAACCCCAAAACCCCGAGUUAAAAUUAUUAUUGAAUCAAUGAAUUUCCUACAAACUUUCAAAUUUUUUCACAAAAUAAGCCCCACAACAUCUACCCCAUCCCAAUCCAUUUCUCCCCCAAUUCCAUUCCUCCUCCACCUCCAAACACCCCUCCUACCCCUCCCAUCCCCUCUAACCCCCUCUCUCCUCCAACACACCCCUCUCAGUCCCCAUCUUCCCCCUCUCCUCCCCACUCAGCCCCCAAAAUCCCCUCCCCAACACCCCUACAGCCCACCCUCCAGCUCCACCCCUACCUCUUCCAAGCCAAUAAAAAUCCUAACCUAAAGACUUUCCCAUAAAAUACCUAAAAAAUAGAAAUUUUAAAAAUUUGACUGGAAUUUUAAUAUUUUUUUAACAAAUUUGGUAAACAAUUUUGUUUAUGGGAAAUUUUCAGAAAAAUUAUAGUUGGAAGUUAGCAUUUAGGGUUGGAGGAGAGGAUGGAGUGGUGAGAGUGGUGGUGCUGUUGGAGGGUGGUGGAGGGACUUGGUGUUGGUGGGAGAGAGGAUUUUGGAAAAAAUUGGUCAGAAAUUGGUAAACAGAAAAUGUAGAUUUUGGGAAAUUUGUGUUUUGGACAGAAAUCAAGGAGAUACUAAUUAAUUUUUGUUGUAUUUGUUUGUUUUCUAUUAAUAAAAAUAGGUUAGUUAAUUACUUUCUGAAAAUUUGAUGGAUUUUUGUUCCUAACUUUUGAACCAGAAGAGAUUUUUAGGUGCUGACUGG